CUCUCUUAUAACAUGUGGAGGAAAAUAAAGCUAACUUCCUUCUUAUAUCCUUACUUGUUACAUUAUCCUCUUCUACACCAAAUAAACUUCCCCCUCAAAUUGAAAAAAAAACCUAUCUAUCUAAAAUGGAAAAAGAACCAACAUGGCAUGAACUUUUAGGAAGCAACGAUUGGGAUGGCCUUCUUCAACCUCUAAAUCUCACUCUCCGACGCUUAAUUCUCCGGUGCGGCGAUUUUUGUCAAGCAACUUACGAUGCUUUCAACAAUGACCAAAAUUCCAAGUAUUGUGGCACGAGCCGUUAUGGUAAAAGUUCAUUUUUCGAAAAAGUCAUGUUAGAAUCCGCUACCGAUUAUAAAAUAUAUUGCUUCCUUUAUGCCACGGCUCGAAUAGGCGCUCUUCAAGCCAUUUUCCUACACUCUCUGUCUCGCGAAUCGUGGGACAGAGAGUCUAAUUGGAUUGGUUAUAUAGCCGUUACAACUGAUGAAGUUAGUCGUAAACUAGGCCGUAGAGAAGUAUACGUUGUGUUCCGUGGCACGAGUAGGAAUUAUGAAUGGGUCAAUGUUUUAGGCGCUCGUCCUGAUUCUGCUGACUCUUUGCUUCAUCCUAAAUCCCUACAAAAAGGCGUUUUAAGUGGCAAAAACAACAGGGACGAGGACGAGGACGAGGUCAAAGUAAUGGAUGGGUGGCUUAAGAUUUACGUCUCUAGUGACCCAAAAUCGUCCUUCACGAGACUAAGUGCAAGAGAACAACUUCAAGCAAAAAUUCAAGAAUUAAGAAAUGAGUAUAAAGAUGAGAAUUUGAGUAUAACUUUUACAGGGCAUAGUCUUGGUGCUAGCCUAGCUAUUUUAGCAGCAUUUGAUGUGGUUGAAAAUGGUGUCCCAGUUGAUAUUCCAGUAUGUGCAAUUGUAUUUGGUAGUCCACAAGUUGGGAACAAGGCAUUCAAUGAAAGAGUCAAGAAAUACUCAAACUUGAAUAUCUUACAUGUUAAGAACAAGAUUGAUCUCAUUCCCCUGUAUCCAAGUGCUCUCUUGGGGUAUGUGAAUUCAGGUAUAGAUCUAGUCAUCGAUACCAGAAAGUCUCCGAGUUUAAAGAAUUCGAAAGACACGGGGGAUUGGCACAACUUGCAGGGGAUGUUACAUGUUGUGGCUGGAUGGAAUGGAGAAGAUAAAAAGUUUGAGUUGAAAGUGAAGAGGAGCGUAGCUUUGGUGAACAAGUCAUCUGCACUCUUGAAAGAUGAGUACUUGAUUCCAGGGUCAUGGUGGGUUGAGAAGAAUAAAGGGGUAGUUCUUGAUGAAAAUGGGGAGUGGAUUUUGGCACCACCUUCAGAUGAGGAUCUUCCAGUCCCUGAGUAUUGAAUUUUUUUGGGAAUGGGUAGUCUGUUCACUUUGCAAUUAUUUUUGUUUGUUGAAUGCUUUGGACUUGUCAAUAGUGAACGUAUCCAAUGUCUUGUGUUGUAAAACAUUGUAUACAUUUUCACCAAUCUAGUAUUGUACUAGUGUUGGAAGUGUUACAAGAUUGAUUCUUGUAAUAAUAAAAUGAAUAAAUAUGUC